AUGGCUCCCUCCGGCCUACUCCUCGACUCCCUGCUCCUCGCCGCGCCGCUCGUCCACCUCGCCGCGUCGCCGCACACAAAGGUCGAGGAGUCGUUCAACCUGCAGGCGGCGCACGACGUGCUCGUCUACGGCGUGCCCCUGGCCGCGCCCGCGCGCCUGGCCCGCGCCUUUGACCACUUCGCCUUCCCCGGCGCCGUGCCGCGCUCCUUGGUCGGCCCCGUCGUCCUCGCCGCCGUCGCCCGCCCCGCCGUCGCCCUCGUCGGCUUCCGCCAUGCCCAGCUCGUCGUCAGGGCCGUGCUGGCCGCCUGCAACGCCGCCGCCCUCGUCGUCUUCCGCAGGGCCCUGGCCGAGGCGUUUGGCGCUGCCGUGGCUGCUUGGUGGGUGCUCAUGACGGUUGCGCAGUUCCACGUUGUCUACUACGCCUCGAGGACCCUGCCAAACAUGUUUGCCUUUGGCCUGACCACCCUCGCCCUCGCCUUCCUCCUCCCCAAGACCGACCCCCGCCGCGCCCGGGUCCGCCGCCGGCAAGCCAUCGGCCUGCUCGUCUUCGCCACCGCCAUCUUCCGCGCCGAGCUGGCCAUCCUGCUCGCCGCCGUGGGGCUGCAGCUCCUCGCCUCGCGCCAGCUGGCCCUGCGCAGCCUCGUCGCCCUCGUCGUCGGCACCCUGGCCGUCGCCCUCGCCAUCUCGGUCCCGCUCGACUCGUACCUCUGGCAGAGGCCCCUCUGGCCCGAGCUCGCCGCCUUCUACUUCAACGCCGUCCAGGGCGCCGCCUCGGACUGGGGCGUCUCCCCCUGGCACUACUACUUCUCCUCGGCCCUGCCGCGCCUCCUCCUCAACCCGCUCGCCGUCCCCCUGGUCCUCUUCGCCCUCGCCCACCCGGGCACCCGCCGCCAGGCCCGCCUCCUCGCCGUCCCCAGCCUGCUCUUCGUCGCCAUCUACUCCCUGCAGCCGCACAAGGAGGCCCGCUUCGUCUUCUACGCCGUCCCGCCUCUGACCGCCGCCGCCGCCCUCGGCGCAAACCUGGUCGCCUCGCGCCGCGCCAAGUCGCCCGCCUACGCCCUCGCCGCCCUCGCCCUCGCCCUCGCCCUCGUCGCCUCCUGCGCCGCCAGCGCCGCCGUGCUGCUCGUCUCCUCCCUCAACUACCCCGGCGGCGACGCCCUCGCCCAGCUCAACGCCCUCGUCGCCCGCAGCCACGACGCCUCGGCCCCGACCCUCGCCGUCCACGCCGACGUCCUGACCUGCAUGACGGGCCUCACCCUCUUCGGCCAGAACCCCCACGGCCUUCCCCUCGCCCUCGCCCGCCCCUCGGCCCUCGCCGACCUCCUUCCCCCCCCCGCCGCCGCCGCCGCCUCCGGGCCCGUCUUCCUCUUCGACAAGACCGAGGACAGCCCGCUGCUCGACCGGCUCUCCUUCUGGGAAACCAUGGACUACGCCCUCAUGGAGGACCCGGCCGCCGCCCUCGGCAGCUGGCACGUAGUCGGCGUCGUCCACGGCUACGACGGCAUCGAGGUCCUCAAGCCCGGCGCCGCACCCCGCCACCACGACGCAGGCCCCGUCGUCGGCCGCGGCGCCCGCGUCGCCCGCCUGCGCGACGCCGUCAGGGGAUACACGGGCGGCUGGUGGGUCGGGCCUCGCAUGUCGCCGCGCAUCCACAUCAUGAAGCGCACCAGGCACACGCGGCACGCCGUGUCCUGA